CCCAAAACAGACCAGGACUUCAGCAAAAUAUGGAGAACCACUGCAAAGCACAACCUGCAUGGGCAAAAGAAGAAAAGGAAAUAUUAGAAUCUCUGCAAGUGAAAGAAAAUUGUGGAGAACUGGUGCCUCUUUUCAUUAAAGAGGAGCUAAAAAAACUAGGAUCACAAAUAAAGAGUGAACAGGAAGAAAUAGAACUUCAGCAGGUAAAAGAGGAACCAGACCCUUUGCAGAUAAAGGCCAAACAAGAAGAAAUAAAACUUCAGCCAAUGAAGGAGGAGAGAGCAGAGCCCGAACCUCCACAGAUAAAAGAUGAACAGGAGGAACUCAGUAUAGCUUUAAAGAAAGAGCGGCUAGAACUAGAACAGCUGACUGAUACCUGUACAGUGAAUACCACUUAUGAGGAAAGGGACCUCUGGGAACCAGAUUCAAACAGGGAGCUUCUUCUCGAGAUAUCUUUAGAACCUGAGGACAAAAAUCAUGAAAUGGGCAAUGAUGAAGAACUGAAUCAAAGUGAGAGGUGUCAGAAAACCAUACAUCAAGAUGACAAUGUAAACAAUCCAAACACAAAACGAUUGACGAAAACACACAUGAAUGAUAAUUUGUCUUCUUGUAAAGUAUGUGGUAAGUUAUUUGCACGGUCUUAUUUGACAGAACACAUGAGAAUUCACACAGGUGAGAGACUUUUCUCAUGUGCUACCUGUGGAAAAAUUUUUAUUACUGGAAGUAAGUUAAAAAUUCACAUUAGAACUCACACAGGUGAGAGGCCUUUCUCAUGUUUGACUUGUGGAAAAAGUUUUAGUGAUAGAGGAAAUUUGUCAAAGCACAUGAAAACUCAUUCAGGUGAGAGGCCAUUCUCAUGUUUGACUUGUGGAAAAAGCUUCACUAAUAAGGGAAAUUUAUUUCAGCAUGCAAGAACUCAUACAGGCGAGAAGCCUUUCUCAUGUUUGACCUGUGGAAAAGGUUUUGCCCAGCAAAUUCAUCUGAAUGACCACAUGAGAGUUCAUACAGGUGAGAAGCCUUUCUCAUGUACAAAAUGUGGAAAAAGUUUCAGUGAAAGAGGAAAUUUAUUUCAGCACAUGAGAACACAUUCAAGUGAGAAGCCUUUCGUGUGUUUGACUUGUGGAAAAAGUUUUACCCAGCAAAUUCACUUAAGUGAUCACAUAAAGAUUCACACUGGAGAGAAGCCUUUCUCAUGUUUGAGCUGUGGAAAAAGUUUUCGUCGUAGUAGUCAUUUGACUGUUCAUAUGAAAACUCAUCCAGGUGAGAAUUUAUAAGUCAUAAGAUUUAUUUUUAACAAUGGAAGUACCAGAUGUGAAGUACUUCAUAUGAAACCUGCCUUCUUUGGAUUUAGGCUUUAGCCAAUAGUUGCUGGUUUUCUCUAACAUAUCAAAAUGUUAGACUUUUGAUCUGGUCCACUCAAACAAACAUGACCUCUAGGGUUUGUGUUUAAAACUAAAAUUGAAUAAAAAUUUAGGAAAUGGUUAUUUUGGCUAUACAACUUGAUGUUAUCUUUUUUUACAUUUAGAAUGUAGUUAAAGUAUUUUUGAUAAAACUAGUUUUAUUGAAAAUACAGCAUCUUAGUAGAUGCUCGGAAUAGUUGUUAUGGUUCACACUUCAACUUCUGAUUGGUUGAGCAGUAUCUCUUGAUAACUUAGUACUGUAUAGUGCAUUAUCUGAGUGAUCUAAGUCCAUAAUCCCAGUUGCGCUUUAGAAACCAUCAAGAGCAUUUUGCCUCAAAAGGUCAGAGAAGACUUACCAGAUUUCAAAGACUUAAUUGAAUUAGUUGAUUUGUCUGACCUGUCCUUCCAGCCAAGUGAGACAUACAUGGGAGAACAGAACGUGAACAGAUAAGUAAACAGCUAUAUUUGUAUCUGGUGGUUCUGAUUGUGUCUGUAUUUUUUUUUUGUUUUGUUGUUUUGGUUUUUUGCUGUUUGUAAUUUUUUUUAAAUCAAAACAGGUCUCUCAUGAACAUUGGAUCUCAACUGGACAACCUGUAUAAAUAAAUGCCAAAUUAAUAAAAAUAAUAAAGCAGGUAAUGGAGCACAGAGCUAUGUCUAGACUUUGAUCUUCUCUUUCUCAUUGGUUUGUAGAUUAGUUUUUCUACAUUUGUUAGCAAUUUUUGUUUCUUUUAUUAAAUUAUUAGGGAAUAGGUAUUAGUUUAGAAAUGUAUUUAUUUUUAAAUUCUAACAGGAAGUAACUCUUGUUGAAUUUUCUCCAAAAAUAAACGGUCAGUGUUAGUGUUGAUUAAAAAAAAUGUAAAGGUGAUAAAUCUCCUGAUUCUUCUUUAAUAUGAUUAGGAUCACCUACAAGAAACUUAAGCACAUCAUCUAAGAAAAUUAUUUUUUGUAUGGUAUUACUACUAUUGUUAUUUUAAAUCUUUUUUUAUAUAUAUAUAUUUUGUCAUCACUUGAACCUUUGUUUAAACCUAUAUAUUUAUUGCUGCUGUUACACUUGAUUUUCUCCUUUCUGGGCAAUAAUGACUGUCUUUUAAAAGGACCAAGUUUAUAGAAGUUAUUAUGUAUGAAAAAUUAAUAUUUGGUUUUCAGAAAUUUAUCUUGGUGGCAGCUAUCUGCAAAUAAAUGGCAGCAAAAUAAA